AUGGACAUUGAUUCAAACAAUUCUACAUUGAGUGGGGGUCAGGAAGUUGAGGAAGCAGAGAACAAUCCUUCAUUAAAUGAGAGUAGUGAAAUUGAAGAACCUAAGAAGGGGAUGUGUUUUAUCUCAAAGCAAGAAGUGCACGAGUUUUAUGCAAAAUAUGCUAAAAAUCUUGAAUUUGCUAUAGCUUACAGAACACAGAAUGCGGAUGCAAAGAGUAGGGUGGCUUAUAAAGCAUUUGGGGAUGUUGUCUCAUUUGACACCACUUAUCUCACAAAUAAGUAUGAUAUGCCGUUUGCUCCGUUUGUAGGAGUUAAUCACCAUGGACAGUCAAUCUUGUUUGGUUGUGGGCUAUUAUGUAAUGAAAACACGGAGACAUUUGUUUGGCUAUUCAAAGAAUGGUUAAAUUGCAUGUCAGCCAUUCUUUUAAAAGCUAUUAUAACUGACCAGUGCAGAGCUAUGCAAAAUGCCAUAGAAAUUGUCUUCCCACAGGCUCGACAUCGUUGGUGUUUAUGGCAUAUAAUGAAGAAAAUUCCCGAAAAAUUGAUAGGGUAUUCCCAAUAUGAAGCCAUCAAAUACGCUUUACAAAAUGCAGUCUAUGAUUCUAUCAGAAAAGAUGAAUUUGAUGAGGAAUGGAAAACGAUGAUUGGAAAGUUUAGCCUCCAUGACAACGAUUGGUUGGGAGUAUUAUAUGGUGAGCGACAUAGGUGGAUUCCUGCCUAUGUGAAAGAUAUAUUUUGGGCUGGCAUGUCAACUACACAACGAAGUGAGAGCAUGAAUGCAUUUUACGUAAACUCAAAGACUACUUUAAAGCAAUUUGUUGAACAGUACGACAAUGCAUUGAGAAGUAAGGUGGAGAAGGAGACCAAAGUAGACUUCAAAUUUCGAAACAGAUUGUAUGAUUGCUUAACGGUGUUUGAGUUUGAGAAGCAAUUUUGUGCAGCCUACACAAAUGCGAAAUUUAAAGAAGUUCAAGUAGAAUUGAAGCGACUACUGUAUUGUCAUGUGACUCUUGUGAAAGAGGAGGGAUCCAUUUGUACUUAUCAUGUCAAGAAAGCUGUGCUUGUGGGUAAGAAAAUGAAGAAAGUUGAAUUUCUUGUUUACUUUAAUUCAACUGAAUUUGAAAUGCAAUGUUUGUGUCGGUGA